AUGGGUUUGAAACCGUAUUUGGGCCUUCGAGGCAACGCUCUGCUCAGAGCCGCAGUGAUGCUGGUCGUGUGCCCGACCUUUACCUGCUAUGGAUACAACAUGAGUGUUGCCGGUGGUCUCCUGACCCUCGAAGCGUUUAACACUCAAUUCCCGCGCAUGGACACCAUUCACACCACGGGUGCUCUGCAGCACGAAAAUUCCACGAUUCAAGGCACCGUCAUUGCUCUCUACACUGUCGGCGGUAUCUUCGGCGCCUUGUCAUGCGUCUAUCUCGGCGAUCUGCUCGGCCGGAAAAAGGUCAUCUUCUUCGCCAACCUCGUGGGUAUGAUUGGAGCCAUCCUGAUGGCUUCUUCCUUCCAAUUCGCACAAUUCAUUGUCGCGCGACUGGUUCUCGGUAUGGGUAUCGGCGGAUACGUUGCUACAGUCCCAGUCUGGCAGUCCGAAAUCUCCCCGUCACACAAGCGAGGCUCGAAUGUGGUAACGGAUGGCAUCUUUGUCGGAGUCGGUGUUACUGUUGCCCUCUGGAUCGAUUUGGGCUUUUUCUUCGUCAAGGAUAACUCCGUGUCUUGGCGAUUCCCCCUUGCCUUCCAGAUCGUUCUUUCGGUCACGGCUAUGAUCUUCAUCACCGUGCUUCCCGAAUCUCCCCGCUGGCUUAUCAAGACCGGCCAGGUUGAGAAGGCCCGGCAUGUCAUGGCGGCCCUGCAAGAUUUGGACCCCAAUUCGGCAGAAAUCACCCGCAGCAUCGAUCAGAUCGAGGCCACCCUCGCCGUCUGCGGAUCCUCUUCCUGGAAAGACAUGUUCACGAACGGGGAGAAGCGGCUCUUCCACCGCGCGUACCUCGCCGCAACUGGCCAGAUGUUCCAGCAAAUGUGCGGUGUCAACCUGAUCACCUACUACGCCACUACCAUUUUCCAGCAAUACCUCGGUCUCGAUCCCGUCAAGUCCCGCAUUCUGGCCGCCGCGAUGGGUCUGACGCAACCAUUCGGAGGCUUCCUCGCCUUCUACACCAUCGAUCGCCUCGGUCGCCGACCCCUUAUGCUGUACAGCGCCGGAGCCAUGUCGGUCUGCAUGGCCCUUCUUGCCGGCUGUACCUCCCCGUCAGCAGCCAACAACACCGGAGCUCUCGUCGUAGCGGUGAUCGCCCUUUACUGCUUCCAGUUCAUUUUCACCGUCGGAUACUCCGGCCUCACCUUCCUCUACGCCGCCGAGAUGGCUCCCCUCCAAGUCCGCGCAGCCGUCAGCGCCGUCUCCACCGCUACCGUGUGGGUCUUCAACUUCCUGCUCGCCGAAGUCACCCCAAUUGGAUUCGCCUCGAUCAACAGCCGGUACUACAUCGUCUUCGUGUGUGUCAAUGCCUGCAUCGUGCCCGCGGUAUACUUCUUCUUCCCCGAGACCAAGGGCUGCACCUUGGAAGAGAUCGACGAAAUCUUCAUCCGCUCCAAAACCAUCUGGGACCCGCCUCGCGUGGCACGUGAAAUGGCGCUCGAGCGCCGCGUGCAGGUUGGAGAACCGGACUGCGAGAGCAACGGCGAAAAAAACGGGUCCAACGACGAUGAGUUCAUCAAGCAAGAGCUCAAGUCCUAG